CGCAACCAGACACCAACUGAUCACCACCAUGCCAACCACUCGCCCAUUCACCCAUCCCCUACACUACCUCUCCAGCAUCCGACAUGCCUCCUCCACCACCACCACCGCCUCCACAAAACCCGGCCCCCUCACCGGCAUCACAGUGAUCAGUCUCGAACAAGCCAUCGCGGCCCCCUUCUGCACGCGCCACCUCGCCGACCUAGGCGCCCGAGUCAUCAAGAUCGAGCGUCCCGGCGUCGGCGAUUUCGCCCGCAACUACGACACCCGCGUCAACGGCCUCGCAUCGCAUUUCGUCUGGACUAAUCGAUCCAAAGAGAGUCUCGCCCUGGACCUGAAGCAACCUCGUGACCAUCGCGUGUUGAUGCGUCUGCUUCGUCGCGCGGAUGUCCUUGUUCAGAACCUCGCCCCUGGCGCCACGGCCCGGUUGGGAUUGUCCUAUCAUGACCUCAAGACGGAGCAUCCCUCCUUGAUUGUGUGUAAUAUCUCGGGGUAUGGUCCUGAUGGGCCAUAUCGCGAUAAGAAGGCUUAUGAUCUCUUGAUUCAAAGCGAGGCCGGCAUGCUCUCCGUCACUGGUACCGGGAAGGAGCCAGCAAAGGUGGGCGUUUCCAUUGCGGAUAUAUGCGCCGGGAGCUACGCCUACUCUAAUAUCCUGGCCGCGUUGUAUCAGCGGGAUCGGGAUCCGGCAAAGCCGGGGUGUAAUAUUGAUAUCUCAAUGUUGGAGAGCAUGGUCGAGUGGAUGGGAUUCCCGAUGUAUUAUACUUAUGAUAAUGCCCCUGGGCCUACCCCGGCAGGGGCUUCGCAUGCGGCUAUCUAUCCUUAUGGACCGUUUGAGGCGGGCGAUGGCAAGUCGGUCAUGCUGGGCAUUCAGAAUGAGCGCGAGUGGGCUAAGUUCUGUGAUGUGGUGUUGGGUGAUGCUAGUCUGGCGACGGAUGAGCGGUUUGUGAAUAACUCGCUCCGGUCGCAGAACCGCGAGGAGCUGAAGGAGAUUAUCUGUGGGGUCUUCUCGUCGCUGUCGGCUGCGCAGGUGAUUGCUCGGCUUGAUGAAGUGGCAAUUGCCAAUGCGAGUGUCAAUGAUAUGCAGGGUGUGUGGAACCAUCCCCAGCUCAAGGCGCGGCAGCGAUGGACAACGGUUUCGACUCCCGCGGGGACAGUCCCGGCGUUGUUGCCGCCGGGGAUGACUUUGGGUGAUGCGGAUAUGUAUGGUGCGCGCAUGGACGCGGUGCCUGAUGUGGGCGAGCAUAAUGAGGCGAUUUUGGCAGAGUUGGGAUUCGACGAGGAAUCAGAGUAGAGUUGCAUAGAUGUACAGUUAGCAUUAUUCCAGCUUAUAGAAAUCAUUCCGUG